AUGGCCUCGUUUUUGAGGCUCGCGCACGCGCCGACUUGCGCGCAUCCUCUCCGAGCCGCUGAGCGCUUCGGCAGCAACUCCGCACGCGAAAGCGGAUACUCUACACAGGACAGCAUGUCGCCGCUUUGGGAUAGGCGCGGCGGAGAAGGAAGGCGCGAGUGGAGGCAGGACAGCGGCGCGGAGAAAAAAUCGUUUAUUUCGUCUGAAGCCUACGACGCGGCGAUCAGCACCCGUGCCGACCCCCGGGCACGCUCGCCCAUAUUCCCCAGGCGCGUGCUGGAGCGGGACUCGACGAUCGCGGCUCGCCUGCGGGCUGCAGGGGCACAGCUCGUGGCGCACUUCCCCUCGCGGUCGCCGAGGCGCUUCUCCCAGACUCCAGCGCAAACAGUCCACGAACGAUCGAGAGCAUCACAGGGGCAAGAUCGCCGCGGCACUAACCUGGGGAGUGACCGUCUGGCGCCCAGCUUCGAGCCAAACGGGACAGAGGCGACUCGGGUACUCGUCGGGUUCUCUCCGUUUCCGUGGGCGCCUUCGGAGGACUUGGAGAAUUCAAACAGACCUCCAGGCGGAUGCCGCCUCCAGGAAGCAGGAUCUUCGCAACCUGUGGAUGACCUGCAUGAUGCGAAAUUCCCUCUGUGCUGGUUCAAGCCCUCAGCGGGCACACUGAGCCGCCACGGAGUCUUCCCUUCGCAUGUCAGUUUAUUCCCGCCCGGUGAAUCUCGGAGCUGUGUUUCGUCGUGCCGCAGUGACAAAGCGAUCCCGAGUGAGGCAGCGGCAGCGACUGAUGGCGCUGAAGCCACGCCAACCAGCGCUUUCCAGGACGUGAACGAUGCAGCAAACGCGCUGAUGGAAGGUGACACCUUUCGCCCAGAUACGUUUUGGAUCGCCGCUUCGUCUGUCGCAGGGAUCUAUGACGUUUUCAAGGUGAUUUCGGGCUCUGAUGACGCGGAUCUCGUCACGAAGUGGCGGGACGUGAGCAGCCAGCGUCAAGGCGCCGAGGAUGGCGGCGCCUCGCCUCAAGGUGACCGAGACGCCGCUGUGGGCGAGGCGGAUGCGCGUCCGCCGGAAACAGCUGCAGGACGCUUGCGCAGAAAGUUUUUCCGUGUUCCUGCGGCGGGGCUCCGCGCCCUCUUCGCGACGAGGAGUCUUGAGGCGGGGGGAAGGCGCCUCUCUCAUCGCGUAUUGCUGUUGAGCUCGGCUGCCCAGAUGGCCGCGGAGGCUGGAGCCCAUGGCGGCACGGCCCCGUGUGAACCCUGCCCAGGAAUGCACACGGAGCCCAACGAGACGGCACCCAACGAGACCAGCGGACCUGCCACGAGUGCCCAGCCUUCAGACGACGCGGCAGAGACGCCGCGAGUGAGCGCGCGCUUUGUUCCUCCCGGCCGCUACAUGCGUCGGGGGUAUGAGACACUAAUCGACAGGGCAGGAGAAGCAUACGAAGUCCCGGCAGUCACGGCAGAAGCGUCUGAGAGGAGCUGGCUGGGCUUCGCGCAGUUGCAAGCUGCUGUCCAGGUUAUCGCCGCGUGCGAGUCCGUGACAGACCUCGCCCGUUUCGACGGCAUGAGAGACAUGGAAGAAAACGACCUGGACGACGGCGCCCUGAGGUCACGCGUCUACUGGGAUUCCGUGCUGCGUCGGCGGACUCGCGGAUUCAGCGACGACGCGAAAGACUGCAUGCUCGCCGGUGCCUACGCUCUUUCGCAGUUCGCACCCCCAAAACUGCUGGACCGGGCACUAGCUGUCCGAACGCGAGCAGCAGAGGCUUUGUCUGGUAUUUUCGGCGCUUCGGAGAUUCUCCUCUGGAUUCCGCCAACCCAGGCGGCCGUGCCCCGCACACAACUCCUUCGCGGUUCCCCAGGACCAACGGCACCUGCCGCCACUCAAGCCAGCGAGACAGUCCAUGCAUUUCCUGCUGACAAAUGGAUGCGUACUGUUGCGGAGCUGCUGGGGCUUCCGCUGCUUCAGUUCCGGUGUGGGAUCACGCUGUUGGGGUCCGCUGGAGCUGACCACCGGCUGCUUGAGGUGGGACAGUUGUUGGUGCAGCAUGACGGAGAUGGCCGUGGAUCGUCAGCUGCCCUGGACGCAAGCGUCGUCAGCCGGCGAUGA